AUGGGCCUAGCAGCCGCCAUCCUCCUCGCCAAAAAAGGCGCCUCCCUCAUCCUCGUCUCGCGCAACGUAGGCCGCCUAGAAGAAGCCCUUGUCAAAGUCACCGCCGCUGCCAGGUCCCCCUCCAAGCAACGCUUCACCUACAUCUCCGCCGACGUCUCGGAACCCAACUACGCCGAGUCGGUCAUCGCCCAAGCCAUCGCCUGGAACGCCGGUGCGGCCCCCGAUAUCGUCUGGUGCAUAGCCGGCCUGUCAAGCCCCAUGCUCUGGGCCGACCCCGCCAACGACAGCAUCGCGGCCACCCGGAGAAACAUGGAUGUCAACUUCUUUGGUUCGGCCGAGAUGAGCAGAGCCAUCUUGAAGGAGUGGCUCGCUCCGGAGAAUAAACCCAAGGAUACAGGGGUUAUCGGCCAGAAGCCGGAGCCGAAGCACAUCGUUUUCACCGCGUCGAUGCUGGCGUUGUUUGCGAUUGUGGGGUAUGGGCCUUAUACGCCGAGCAAGUGGGCGUUGAGGGGGUUGGCGGACACGUUGAACAUGGAGUUGAGGAUGUAUCCUGAUCAUCCGGUCAAGAUUCAUGUUGUUUACCCGGGGACGAUUACUUCUCCUGGGCUGGAGAGGGAGAACAAGACCAAGCCGCAGAUCACGCUCGAGUUGGAGAAGGAGGAGCCGGCGGAGAGCCCGGAGACGGUGGCGGAGCGGGCGGUGAAGGGGUUGGAGAAGGGCCAGUAUAAUGUCACGGUUAGUACAUUGGGGGAUUUGAUGAGGUGUGGGAUUUUGGGGGGGAGCGAGAGGAAUAAUUGGGUUUGGGAUACGGUGGUGGGGUGGGUGGUGCCGGUGAUUUACUUUUUUGUGAUUAGGAUUAUGAAUGCGCAGGUGGCGGGGUGGGCGAGGGUGAAUGGGCAUCCGCAUGUCAAGAAGGCGGCUGCUUGA